CUCCCGUUCUCUCGGCAGCGUUCGGACUCCAAUGGGUGAUGAAAAGGACUCUUGGAAAGUGAAAACUUUAGAUGAAAUUCUUCAGGAAAAGAAACGACGGAAGGAACAAGAGGAGAAAGCAGAGAUAAAACGCUUAAAAAAUUCUGAUGACCGGGAUUCCAAGCGGGAUUCCCUUGAGGAGGGGGAGCUGAGGGACCACCGCAUGGAGAUUACGAUACGGAACUCACCAUACAGAAGAGAGGACUCCAUGGAAGACAGAGGAGAGGAAGAUGAUUCUUUGGCUAUCAAACCACCACAGCAAAUGUCUCGGAAAGAAAAGGCUCAUCACAGGAAAGAUGAAAAGAGGAAAGAGAAACGGAAGCACGCUAGAGCAAAGGAAAAAGAGCGAGAACACGAGCGCCGGAAACGGCACCGAGAGGAGCAGGACAAGGCUCGCCGAGAGUGGGAGAGGCAGAAGAGGAGGGAGAUGGCCCGGGAACACUCCAGAAGGGAGAGAAAACGAGACUUCUUGGUGCACAACAAGGGGUGCUUCCCAAGUCCCAGCCAAGUGUGUGUUAGUGGAAGGUUUUCUCAGCCUGUCUUUGAAUUGUUUUCAGAUGAAAUUGUGGCUUUGAAGCGGCUGAAGAUGGAGAAGGAGAAAGAGGGCUUUCCAAUCACAUCUCUGAGGGAGAUCAAUACCAUCCUCAAGGCGCAGCACCCCAACAUCGUCACAGUCAGGGAAAUAGUCGUGGGCAGCAACAUGGACAAGAUCUACAUCGUGAUGAACUAUGUGGAGCAUGACCUCAAGAGCCUGAUGGAGACCAUGAAGCAGCCUUUCUUGCCAGGGGAGGUGAAGACCCUGAUGAUCCAGCUGCUGCGUGGUGUGAAACAUCUGCAUGACAACUGGAUCCUGCACCGGGACCUCAAGACCUCCAACCUGCUGCUGAGCCACGCUGGGAUCCUCAAGGUCGGCGACUUUGGGCUGGCAAGGGAAUACGGGUCCCCUCUGAAGGCCUACACUCCAGUCGUGGUGACCCUGUGGUACCGUGCCCCAGAGCUGCUGCUUGGCGCCAAGGAGUACUCCACGGCUGUGGACAUGUGGUCGGUGGGCUGCAUCUUUGGGGAGCUGCUGACUCAGAAGCCGCUCUUUCCUGGGAAGUCGGAGAUCGAUCAGAUCAACAAAGUGUUUAAGGACCUGGGCACCCCCAGUGAGAAGAUCUGGCCUGGCUACAAUGAUCUCCCCGCAGUCAAGAAGAUGACCUUCACUGAAUAUCCCUAUAACAAUCUCCGUAAACGCUUUGGGGCGCUGCUCUCAGACCAGGGCUUUGACCUCAUGAACAAGUUCCUGACGUACUUCCCUGGGCGGAGAGUCAGUGCCGAGGACGGCCUCAAGCAUGAGUAUUUCCGAGAGACCCCCCUCCCCAUCGACCCCUCCAUGUUCCCCACGUGGCCCGCCAAGAGUGAGCAGCAAAGGGUGAAGCGUGGCACGAGCCCACGGCCCCCCGAGGGAGGCCUGGGCUAUAGCCAGCUGGGCGACGACGAUUUGAAGGAGACGGGUUUCCACCUCACGACCACAAACCAGGGAGCCUCGGCCGCGGGGCCUGGCUUCAGCCUCAAGUUUUGAGGGUCGGCACAGAGCCGCACCAGCCCUGCGGGGGCUGCCCAGCACAACUCAGCCGGGCCCCGGGCCGGUGCUGGAGGCAACGUGUGGGGCCAGACCCGGGCCCUGCUCUGAGCGGACGCAGCUGCUGCAGGCCGGCGUGGCCACGGGUCUCCACCUCAAGUCUCAGACUGCCCGUCUGUUUGCUUUUCCACGUUUUAUUUUUGUUUUAUCUUGGC